UGCUCGCUUCGAAGCGUUCGAUUCGAACAAAAACCAACAGAGAGUGCGACUCUGCGUUCACAAUCAUCAUCAUUGACUGAUGUUGACAAGCCCAAAUCGAAGCCGAAGAUCUGGUUUGCGUUCGAAAAGUUUUUUGUCCAGUUUGCUUAAUUUUCGAACUCAAAGGAUCAUGGAGGAGCGGAUGUACAACAACUUCAAUCCAACGCGUUGCAAUGUUUGCUUCAGCCAGACGGCCGGACAUCGGUUAUUGUUAGUAGGACAAAAGCUUCGAUACUGUAAGGGCUGUCGACUUAUUGGUUAUUGCGGUGAGCAACACCAAAAAGAAGAUUGGAAGUUGCACAAGGAUUUCUGUCGUACCGUGACGAAAAUACUCACUAUGAAGCAAAUUCAACACAUCUUGGAAGUCAGAAAUGAAUGCGGUAAAAUCGUUGGCGGUAGCCGUCGUGAUUUGGAGUGCGCGAUUUCUCUGGCGGAAUGCCUAAUCAUCGCUAUGCUACAACGUAAACUUUAUCAGCACGAGUAUACGCUGCUACGUUUCCCCAACAUAUGUCGGAUCUGUUACGAGUACGAUACGAGCAACUUGAAACCGUGUGAGGGUUGUUAUCAGGCUCUUUACUGCUGUGAUGAUCAUAGGGAACAGGAUGCCGCCCAUCACGAACGCUGGUGUGAAAUGUACCGAGUGAAUCUGUUAUUAGAUGCAGAUUAUCCCAACAGGCUAGAAACGGUUGGCUUUCCGAAGCUUUCGGCAUUUGAACUUAAUCGGUUUCCGAGAAAUUCAUUCGAUUUAGUCAAUGUGGCAUACAAAACUAACAUUCCUUUUAAACCUACAUCGGUUAAAGAUUUUAACGAUUUAAAAUUUGUGUCGAACUUUUCGCACAUAAGCACAAUUUUAUACGGACUGUGCCUUACAGGUAUGAACCGGGAGUUACAGAACUCGCUAGUGAUUUACGUUGUCGGCGCGGAAGACGAAAUAGUUUACUUCGACUAUAACACGUGCUCUGUAAUAUUCACGUACAUUCCGCAGCUCCGGGACGUGAUUAUCUAUUUCAUCGGACCCCAGCUAGGUUCGAUAAAAGACGAAAUCGAGUUGAAGUACGAGGGAACUCGUACAAUUAAAAUGCAUUACUACAAAGGGCUUUUCCACAUGUUGGAGCCAAACGAACACUUGGAACGACCGCAGAUUAUUGUGAGCUAUAACUGUGGCUUUCACGAGCAUAUUGAAUCCACCAAAGAUACCUGGUCCGCUACGCUGGUUCGGUUGAUCCGAUACGUCAACAUUCCGAUCGUGUUUACUUCCUACACGCGUACCGAGGCGUGUCAGGAUUGUGCCACAAUUUUCAGUAUCAGCAAACGGGCAAUGAAGAAAAAAGAUUUGGUGUUUGUCAAACGAGCAGCCGACAAUCCCUUCAAGGAUUACAAACCGCUGCGGAAUACGAACUACAUCGACGAAUACGAUGAGCUGUAUUAUUCGAACGGAUAUCUCUCUAUGGCGAUAAGCCGCGUGCCCUAGGCGCUGGUUCUGUGUGCUGGAUGAAACAUUCCCCAUCGAUUUCAUUUUCAAUCGAACGUACAAUGCUGCUUUUAUUUUUUAUAGUCAUUUGUUUGGUCAUUUGUUGGCUUUUGUUUUACAGUGAAAUACGCAAUACUGUUGUUUCGUAAAAAAAAAGUUGGAAGUUAUGUAAUUUAAAUAUAAAUUAAUCUACGUAUCAGAAAA